AUGUGGUACUCACUGGCAACCAUAAUAACCCUGGCUAAUUACAUUCUGUCAAUAACAUCAUGUAAAAUUAAGGUUAAAAUGCAGUCGAAAACGGAUAAACCAUUUCAAAUUCAAAUUUAUGUGCCGGCAAUUAAAAUGAAAACCGAACGAGUAAUAUUUACAAAUAGAGAUGAAAUUCGUACCGCUCUAAUCAAAGGUGAAAAAUGUGAUGAGAAACACUGGAUCAUUAAAACGUGGAAGAAAAUAGAUAAUAAAUGGAUUCCAGCGAAAGAAACAAAGGCAAAAUUUGAAGGACUUGGUUCAUUCGGGAUAUCUGUCAAAGAUGACCUGUUACCUCAAAUAACGAACCGUUUUGCUGUUGCAUGUUCAGAAGGCAAUUGCUAA